AUGACCUGGCGUGACUUUCUCAGCCAGCCGGCGCCCGAGAACUAUGUGGCAGGCCUGGGGCGUGGUGCGACGGGGUUUACGACGCGCUCCGAUCUUGGUCCCGCGCGUGAAGGGCCCAGCGAAGACCAGAUCAAGGCUGCCGUUGCAAAGCGAUCCGCACAGCUCGGCCUGACCGAGUCCAAGGACGACGACAACGAUAACGACGACGCGACCCGCUACCAGGACCCUGACAAUGAGGUCGGCCUUUUUGCCGGUGGAAUCUACGAAAAGGACGACGAGGAGGCAGACAGGAUAUGGAAAGACGUCGAUGACAGAAUGGCCAAGCGCCGCCAGAAGCAAAGGGAAGCACGAGAGGAAGCCGACCGCCUAGAAUACGAGCGCAAGAAUCCCAAAAUCCAGCAGCAGUUCGCCGGCCUCAAGAGAGCGCUCGAGACAGUGUCGGAUGAAGAAUGGGCAAGCUUGCCCGACGUCAAGGACCUCACUGGCAGAGCCAAGAGAGAGCGCCAGGCCCGCAUGCAGCGCUUCUACGCCGUUCCCGACAGUGUACUCGCCGCUGCUAGAGACACCGGCCAGUUUGGUACCACUGUUGCAGACGACGGCGCAGCAAACGACGCGAACAAGGACGGAACCGUCACCGACUUCGCAAAGAUUGGCGCUGCCCGUGACAAGGUGCUUCGUGCUCGCCUGGAGCAGGAAUCCCAGAGCAGCGGAACCGCCACUGCUGGCAGCGCAACUAGCAUCGACCCGAAGGGCUACCUUACCUCCUUGUCUAGCAUGCAGGGCGCCGAGCAGAGCAUAGGAGACAUCGAGCAGUUCCGAAAAAUGCUCAAGUCAGCCGUCGACUCGAACCCAAAGCAGGCUGCCAGCUGGAUCGCCGCAGCCCGAUUAGAACUCACCGCCGGCAAACACGUGGCGGCUCGAAACCUGAUCGCCAAGGGAUGCGAACACUGCCCCAAGAGCGAGGACAUAUGGCUCGAGAAUAUCCAUCUAAAUGAAAAUCGCAACGCCAAGGUCAUUGCCGCUCGAGCGAUCGAGGCUAAUCCCCAGUCAGUCAAGCUUUGGGUCGAGGCCAUGAAGCUGGAGAAUGACCCGAGAUCGAGAAAGAAGGUCAUACGGAAGGCACUGGACCAUAACCCCGAGUCCGAGGCGCUGUGGAAGGAAGCGGUAAACUUGGAAGAAGAGGUGGAGGACGCCCGGAUGCUGCUUGCGAAAGCCACCGAUCUCAUCCCUGAGUCUCUGGAUCUCUGGUUGGCGCUCGCGCGCCUCGAGACGCCGGCGAAUGCUCGCAAGGUCCUCAACAAAGCCGUCAAGAAGCUCCCGAGCUCGCACGAGCUCUGGAUUGCCGCCGCCCGGUUAGAAGAGCAGCUCGGAGAGAGCACCCAGAGGCCCGUCAUGAAAAAUGCCGUCAAGUUCCUUGCAAAGCAGAAUGCGAUGCCCAAGCGCGAAGAGUGGAUCGCCGAGGCCGAGAAGUGCGAGGACGAGGGUGCCCCUAUAACGUGCCGCAACAUCAUCGAGGAGACGCUCGGCUGGGGGCUGGACGAGGACGACGACCGGAAGGAAAUCUGGAUGGAGGAUGCCAAGUCGAGCAUCGCCCGAAACAAGUUCGAGACAGCACGCGCCAUCUAUGCCUACGCCCUCAGGAUCUUUACAAACAGCAAGACUCUUUACCUGGCCGCCGUGGACCUCGAGAGAAACCACGGCGCCAAGGAGGAUAUGUGGCGCGCCCUCGAGAGGGCUGUGGUGGCUUGCCCCAAGGUCGAAAUCUUCUGGCUUAUGCUUGCGAAGGAGAAGUCCAGCGACAUCAAUGAGGCACGGGUUAUUCUUGCGCGGGCUUUCAAGCAAAACCCCAACAGCGAAGACAUCUGGCUGUCUGCCGUCAAGUUGGAGGCCGAUAGCGGCUUCAUCGACGAAGCACGAGGCAUUUUGGCCACGGCACGGCAUAAUGCGCCGACUGACCGAGUCUGGAUGCGGAGUGUUGCGUUCGAGAGACAGCUCGGCAAUAGUGACACCACGCUGGAACUCGUCCGCGAAGGAAUCAAACUCUUCCCCGGCGCGCCGAAACUAUAUAUGAUGAAGGGCCAGAUCUACGAGGACCUCUGCCAGCUGGCCGAGGCCAGAGAGGCGUACAGCACAGGCGUCCGGGCCGUUCCGUCCUCCGUACCCAUGUGGCUUCUCUACUCGCGCCUCGAGGAGCGCAACGGCAACGUCGUCAAGGCCCGCAGCGUGCUCGACCGCGCCCGCCAGGCCGUGCCCAAGGCUCCUGAGCUGUGGGUCGAGCUCAUCCGCGUCGAGCGCCGUGCCGGCAACCUCACCCAGGCUAAGAGCCUCAUGGCCAAAGCCCUGCAGCAGAUGCCUAAGAGCGGGCUGCUCUGGGCCGAGCGCAUCCUCAACCUCGAGGCGCGCACGCAGCGCAAGGCGCUCCUAGCAGAGGCCCUCAAGAAGGUCGAGGACGACCCCAUCCUGCUGGUGACGGUCGCGCGCAUCCUAUGGGCCGAGCGCAAGCUGGACCGCGCGCAGAGCUGGUUCGAGAAGGCCCUCCUGCUCGACCGCGACGUGGGCGACUCGUGGGCCUGGUACUACAAGUUCCUCCUGCAGCACGGCACCGAGGAGAAGCGCGAGGAGCUCGUCGCCAAGUGCAUCCUCAACGACCCUCACCACGGCGAGCACUGGCAGGUUAUCGCCAAGGACCCAAGGAACGCCAACAAGAAGCCCGAGGAGGUUCUGGAGCUGGUGGCGGCGUCGUUGAAACGCUAG